AAAAAUAUUAUUUUAAUGGUAAGAAAAAAGAGGUGCCGAAAUGUCAGAUGUUGUAGAGAAAACUAUUGCCGCUUUACCUAAAAUAUUUGGUGAAAACUUGUUGGGAGGAAUUGGUCAGGGUGUUCAAAGUCCAAAAUAUUUAUCAGGGCUUGGUCGGUGUUUUCAGACAUUUGUUCGUUUGUUACAUAAAUCUAAAACGAAAAAUGAAGAAGACCACUUUAUUAAGACUCAAAUCACAGAAAUCAAAGAGCAAUUUAAAUAUCCAUCAACCAGAAAGGACCAAGAGAAAGAUCUGUUAUUUAUAUGUGUGUAUUGCCAAAUGAUUGGGUAUGAUGUUAACUUUGCCAAAGUAAAGGCAUUUAAUAUGCUUGCUGGAUCUGAUGAGGCAAUGGAUUCAAAAAUAGGAUGGGUAACUGCUAAUCUGCUGCUUCCAAGAAAUGAUGACACUUCAAUACUGGCUACAUCUUCAAUGGUAAAGAAUUUAUCAAGUCCAAAUUUAUUGGAAGUGUGUAAUGUCAUGGCAACAGUGGCACAUUUUACAAUGCCACAGAUAAUAGAUUGUGUACUGCCAUAUUUACAGAAAACACAGAGUCAUCCGAGGUCUCUUGUGAGAGCUAAGGCUGUCAUGUGUAUCUAUAUGUACUACCUUCAAGUUCCAGAAUUAUUUUUGUAUGAGGAAGACAGUUUCUAUAAGAGUUUGUGUGAUCCAGAUCCUAGUGUCAUGGCUGCAGCAUGUCAUAUAUUUCAUGAGCUUGUCAAAAAAGACAGAAAAAAGUAUUUGAGCUUAGUUCCUGUUCUAGUCGACAUUCUACAGCAGAUAAUAGAAAGAAAACUGCCCUCUCCUUUUGAAUAUCACAGUAUCCCAUCACCAUGGUUACAAAUCAAGAUACUUAAAAUCCUGGCAUUAUUAGGAGCUGAUAAUCAAAGAGAAAGUGAAAUGAUUUACCCAGUACUGCAAGCAGUGUUUGAGAGAACUGGUAUUAAAGACAAAAUGUGUUUUGCAAUAUGUUAUGAGUGUAUACAGACAAGUACAUCUAUAUACCCUAACCAAGAAUUACUUCAGACAGCCACUCAGGCUGUAGGGAAUUUCCUUAGAGCAAAAGACUUAACACUAAAAUACAUUGGAAUAAAGGCUUUAACUGGUUUGGUCAGAGUCAGUCAGGAGUUUUCAUUACAAUACCAAGUGAUAGUUGUAAAACUUUUAGAUGAUACAGAUGAAACUAUCCAAAGAAAAACACUAUCCCUACUAUACAACAUGACAAACUCAGUGAAUGUACAACCAGUAUGUGAUAAACUCUUACAACACAUGGUCAACAGUAAUGAUCCAUUCCAUAAGGAAGAUUUAUUACACAAGAUCAUAGAACUUACUCAAAAAUUUUUUAAACCAGAAGUUUGGUUUGUGGAUAUUCUGUUUAAAGUUUUACAAAUCUGUCCUAGUUCCUCAUCAUCCAUGGUAAUGAAUAAAUGUAUUGCCACAUUAAGGAAAGGAAUAACAAGGAACACUGAAUUUUGUCAACAUUUAGUAAAGAAAUCUAUUGAAUGUUUAUUCAGGGAAGAUUUACUCGAAGAUAUGGUGAAACUUGCAUCCUGGAUAAUUGGACAGGAAGCGGAAUUACUUAAAAAUAUGCCAAAAGAUAAACUUAUGGCUUUGUUUACAAAGCAGUUGUCAAGACAACAUAUUACUGUCAUGACCAAAUUGUGGCUUACAAAUGCCUUGAUGAAUCUGGUUACUUCAAACGUAUUGAUGACUGAUACAAUAGCAGAACCUGUAGAACAACUAGUGAACACAAUGGAUGAUCUUAUAAUUGUAGAGAAGUUGCAAGAGUUAGUUGGAAUGAGUAAUUUGAAGCCAGAAAUAUCAAAACCAAAGAUUGAAACGAUGGACUUCACUUUGUCUUUUCUGGAUAACUAUGUGUCAAAGUCCCUAAAGAAUGGAGCCCAACCCUAUAGACCUAAAAAUAUGAGAUCUAAACAGACACAACAAGAACAAGGUGUGACAGAACUAUUUAAAGGUAUUCAGAAUCAAGGAAAAAUGGACAUUUUGAGUAGACUUGGAGAGGAUGUCGCAAGCUCUGGUGGUACAUCUCUCACUGCAAGUGAUUCAGUGUCAAAAUUACCAGCAGUGAAGAAGGUAUGGGGAAAGGAAGGAAGGAUUGUAGAUACCAAAGAGACAGAAAAAGAGGAAGAAGAUCAUAUAACAGAAGUAGAUAGAAAUAGGCAACAAAUGGUCUCUGCUUUGUUUGGUGGCAUAAUGCCAGGACAGGUUGAAACGAGAGUAGAACAAGAACCUGAUCCUUUUUUCACAGAAGAGGACAAUUUUGAUAUCAAAAGUGCACAGCCAUUAACAAAUAUGGAUAAUGGAGGAUGGAGACAACUUCACCAGUCAUCAGUUGAAAAUUCACCUAAUAAAAAUAUUUCUAGUGACAAUGUUAAACUAUUGGAUGAUUUAAGCCUCAGUAAAACUCAGUAUUCAGAAAAUUAUACUGGAGAAUCAUUUGUGGCAGUGCAGACCUAUUCUAAGCAUCACAUUGACAAUGAUUCUUUUGAUAAACAUUUAAGUGAUACAGACUUAUUACCAUCUGGAAGUGGAGGAAGUCUAUAUGAGGAUUUUAUAGACGAUGUCAAAAUCAAAGUUGAAAAGUCAAGAUACUCGGAUUCCUUACAAACUUUAUAUGAUGAUGAUAGUGUAUCAUAAUACUUGAAAUAAAAGUUGUUUUAUUUAUUAAAAAAAU